UGUCUGGCUUCCGGUUUUAGGCUGAAUUUGACACACAAUGAGGUGCAGGGAACAACCUAUCGCGAAACGCCGCUGUAAAUAAAUAGAACAAUCACUGAAGCCACAGAAUCAUGGAGAAUCAGUGCACAGUGCAGGUGAAGCUGGAGCUAGGACACCGAGCCCAGUUGAGGAAGAAGGUGACCUCGGAGGGCUUCACCCACGACUGGAUGGUGUUUGUGCGAGGGCCUGAGACUGGGGACAUACAGCACUUUGUGGAGAAGGUUGUCUUCCGGCUACAUGAGAGCUUCCCCAAACCCAAGAGAGUAUGCAAGGAGCCACCAUACAAAGUGGAGGAGUCGGGCUACGCUGGGUUCCUCAUGCCCAUCGAGGUCUACUUCAAGAACAAGGAGGAGCCUAAGAAGGUGUGUUUCAACUAUGACCUCUUCCUGAACCUGGAGGGGAACCCCCCUGUCAAUCACCUGCGCUGUGAGAAACUCACCUUUAACAACCCCACACGGGAGUUCAGACGCAAGCUGGUCAAGGCUGGAGGGGUUAUGGUGGUGCCGGAAGGGACGGAGGCAGUGUCGAGGCCCAGUCCAGACUACCCCAUGCUCCCCACCAUCCCACUGUCUGCCUUUUCAGACCCCAAGAAGACCAAGACCUCCCACGGGUCAAAGGAGCCCAGUAAAGAGGGCAGUGGAGGCAGCAGUAAAGGGCCCAAGCCCCACAAGCUAACCAAGGAGCACCGCGAACGCCCCCGCAAAGACUCCGAGAGCAAGGCGGCAUCAAAGGGUGACAGCGACCGCGACGGGGGAGGAGGGGGCAGCAGCAAGAGUGCCCGUGAGCCCUCAUCCUCCUCUUCCAAGAAGCCAGCGGAGAUCAAAGUUAAAGACGAGGGCAAGGUCCUUCCCAAGGCUGCCUUCAAAGAGCCCAAACUCACACUGAAGGAGGCCAAGAUGGAGGGCAUGUCCCCCAAAGGAGGGGGGGCUGGGGGAGGGGGCCCACUGGAGCCCAAAGCCCCCGGGAAGCGGCCUUCCACUGCGGAGUCUCCAAAACCCAGUGCCAAGAAGCCAAAGAAGAGCAGCUCAGAGGGAUCUAAGGGGACAGCUGCAGUGCUCUUCACCGGAGCCUCUCCCCGGGUAUCUUCGUCAUCUUCAGUCAUCCCAGGCUACCCAGAGAAGAAACCCCCCAAGGAGAAAGGCCGCUGGCCCAAGAGCAACAGGGCCGACACUCAGGAGGCCAAGGAGCCCAAGAAACUGCCUGAGUCUGACGACUCCAACUCUGAGGAUGAAGCCUCCUCCAAAUCAGAGCAGUCAGUCCCCUCCAGUCCCUCUAACUCCAGCUCCAGCUCUGACUCCAGCUCAGAGUCUGAUUUUGAGCCCGGACAGAAACAAGGCCAAGGCCCGCUGCGCUCUAUGGUGGAGGACUUACAGUCCGAGGGGUCAGAUGAUGAUGACAGCAGCUCAGAGGAAGGGACGCCUGUCAAGACCAACCCGCCCAACCGUGACUCUCGACUGAGCCUGGACAGCGAGAGUGACAGCAGUGAAGGCUCGCACCGCCCCAGUCGAGACCCGGCGCCGCCUCCACAGAAACACAGCUCCUCCAAUAACAAGGUCUUGGGCAGGAAGAGCCCAGACAUCUGCAGCCGCCCAGAGAAGGUGCUGAAGAAGGGAUACGACAAGGUAGGAAGGGCCUACACAGAGGAGCUGGUGGACCUCCACCGCAGACUAAUGGCUCUGAGGGAGCGCAACGUCCUACAGCAGAUAGUGAAUCUGAUCGAGGAGACGGGCCACUUCAACGUGACCAACACCACCUUUGACUUUGACCUGUUCUCUCUGGACGAGUUGACCGUCCGCAAACUACAGAGCUGCCUGGAGACCACGGCCACGUGACAGGAAGCCUGCAGCACAGAGGACCGUGGCAGGGCCGGUGCUGGGCUGCUGUCUCUCCUCGGCCCCUGGACCGCCACUGGGGAGGUGGAGCUGUAGUAGAGCUACAGAGAGAAACAGAAUAACAACAGAACACACACUUUCACUAUUUUCUGGAGAAUUGAGGAACAGGACGAGGGAGGACAGAGGAUGAGGUCAGAGCAGCUAUGCCACUGUCCCUCUAACCUGGACUGGAGGACCAGACAAGGGGAGCUGGCCUGGGACUGGCAAGAGAUGUAUUAUAUAUGUUUCUUAUGGAGAGCAGCAGAGCAGCCUGUGUGCAGAACUGUGGAAUGCGACCACUCUCCUCUCCCUCCCCCUCUCGCCUCACUUCUAGCCAUUGCAAACCCAAUACUUCUCCUCUCCUUCCUCCCCACUCACACACUCUUACCCGGCACAACACUCCUCCCCUCCCCCUCAUCUCUGCUGGAGUUAAUUUCUCUAUAGGAAUAUUCCUGUCUAUGCAUGCAUGCAUUCGUGUGUGUGUGUGUGUGUGUGUGUGAGCAUUUGAGGCUUUAGGGGGUGGUGGUGGUGUCUUUCGUUAGUCACUUUUUCAGUGUUCUUUAAGCUACAGCCCUUACACACACACACAGUGAGAGGCAUUUGGGUCCCAUGCCAGGGUGUCUCUACACACACAGGCACUAAGUUGUGUAUGUGCCUAUUGGUGGUAGUGUUCUGGAUGGGGUUCAUCUAUUGUCAAGUUUGUCAGUUCAAACGUCCCUCCCUCCUUCCAUCUCGAUGUGCAUGAAAGGGCUCAACAGCUAGGGGAAAUAGCUGUGGAGGAUCACUUCGAAUGGCCUUUUAAGUGUGUGUGUGUGUGUGUGUGUGU